AUGUUCCUGUUUUCUUCACUCCCUCUUGUUCUCCUGAGUGUGACAACAGCAUCUUGUACAGUAAAAGAAAUCUGUGAAGAAGUUCAGAAGAACUACCAUGUAGUUGCCUGUGGCUCCCCAGGCAUGAACGGCUUCCCGGGCGCCAAGGGAGAAAAGGGGGAACCAGGCCAAGGGCUCAGAGGCUUGCAGGGUCCUCCUGGAAAAGUGGGACCUCCAGGAACCCCAGGGAAUCCUGGGUUGCCAGGAGCAAAGGGUCCAAAAGGUGAUCCUGGAGAGGGUUCAGACUAUGAUAGUAGCCUGGCUGCUUCAGAAAGACAAGCUCUGCAAUCAGAACUGGACCGUAUCAAAAAGUGGCUAACUUUCUCCCUGGGCAGAAAGGUUGGGAAGAAGUUCUUCUUGAGCAGUGGUGAAAAGAUGACGUUUAAAAGAGUGAAGGCUCUGUGUGCCAAGUACCAGGCCACUGUGGCCACUCCCAUGAAUGCUGAGGAGAACACAGCUAUCCAAAAAGUGGCCAAGGAGGAGACCUUCCUGGGCAUCACUGAUGAGGCAACUGAAGGACAGUUUGUGGAUCUCACAGGAAAGAGACUGACCUACGUAAACUGGAAUAGUGGUGAGCCCAAUGACAGUGACUCUGCAGAAGACUGUGUGAUUCUCCUGAAGGAUGGCAAAUGGAAUGACAUCUCCUGUUCUUCCUCCUUUGUGGCAGUCUGUGAGUUCCCAGCCUGA